AUAUAAAUAUAUAUAUAGAAAGAGAGAGACUAGGAGAAGACGUCGCAGAGGUUUUUCCAGCGCAGCUCGCACAGGACUCAUUGGAAAUUUAUGUGUAAAUGACGACAACUGUUGCUCAGCUUCUAGCCAGCAGCAGCAGCAGCAACAACAGCAAAACGGGGAACGCACGGAAAAGGCGAGACACGACGACGACGGCGAGGGGGGCAAGGCCGCAGCACCAGCAGCAGAGCGCCCGACCACGACGUCCUCCACAGUCCACACAGAGUCCAUCCAAGUGGCGAUCGCUGCUAAUGCUCGCCCUGCUCAUGGCUCAGCUGCAGGAGCUGCUGCGAUCCGGCAGCGCUGGCUCUGGCGCUGGCCUGGCCUUGGCCCUGGCCGUACCAGCAGCCACAGCAGCCACAGCAGCGGCAGCAACUGCUGUUGCACCACCUGCACCGGCACCACUCAUCGACAGCGCCGCCAAGCUGGCCGCCGAACGACAAACGAGACGGACGCGCCGCAUGCAGAAGCGGCACGAGAGCAUCAGCUUCCAGAUGAGCUUCCAGCGCGAGCUGAGGAACACCGUGCCGGACUGGAGCAAUAGCUGCGGUGGCAAGUGGAUAGGUCCCGAUCGGUGGCCCCGUCCAGUCACCGUCCCGCGCAGGCAGAGCUGCCUCCACCACAAACAGAGGCUACGCACAUUGCGGAAUAAUACACGGCGCGAGCUGGUGCAAUUGCGCGAUGACAACGCACUGCGGCACCUGGAGCACUCGGUAAAGGCGCAGGACACCGGCGUCGUCCAGGCGAUCGACAUCUCCAAGCACAAGACGUGGAGUCUGCAUAACAGCCAAUACGAUUUUCUGCCCAGGGUGAAUGUUAGCAAGCAACUAUCACUGCAGCACGCACAUCACGAUCUGCAGUUCUACGUGGCCGCAUUCAGCUAUCUGCGGCACGCCCAGCUCCACUGGGACCUGGAGAAUCUACAGAAGCAGAGCGUGCUCUCGGCCGAGCUGCUGCGCCUGCGCAACAGCGCACGCCUCAUGCUCUGCAACUUUGAGGAGGCCUUCAACAGCAGUCGCCUCUAUGCGCCCAACCACAAGACCCACAAGACCCUGAGGACGGUGAAGCGUGUGCCCAUGGAGAAGAAGCUGAUGAAGCUGAAGACGCCGCUGGUGGAGCUGCAUCGACAGGCGGUGCUGGCCGCGGACGGCCAGCGAGCGGAGAAGCCCAGACAGCCGGAUAGCCUGGAUCUGCGAUUCGUCAAGUACCAGUACAUUCAGUACCUGAGGCACCUGACAAAGCUGCUGGCCAAGCAAUCCAAGAGGGAUUGCAAAGCAACGAAAGAAAAUAAAAGAAACAAACAAACAAAUAGACACCAGCCGGCUAGCGGCCUCUCUACUUAAGAUUUAAGAUUUCGCUACCAGUUAUAUAUGCAUAGUUCCAUUUCGAAUUCCAACUGAACUGAGCCAUCCAUCCGACCAGCAUCCGACUCCAACCCCACAGUUGAUUUCAUGAACUGAAACUCAUUCUCAAAGACGGCUAUGACAUUCGAAUCCGAAUCCGAAUCCGAAUCCAAACCGAACCCGAAUCCUAAUUAGCCUAAGUAUUUAUUAUCCAUCAUUAUUAUUUAUAUGCAUACAUAUAUGUAUAUUCGAAAUUUCUAUGGAUUUUGUUUUCGGUUUUUUUCGUUUUUUCGUUUAGCAUAAGACCUCACCGUAUUAUUUAUUUGCAAAACAUUCCUCACAUAUUCUAAAGAAAACAUUCGCUUAGCUCUAAGUCCAAAGUAUUUUCAAUGUUACCACGACUUUUGCCUUGUAUUACGAUACUGUGAUAAUAGCUGAUAGUUGGGUUGGUCGACCCCAGCCCAUCCAACAUUGCAUAUGUAGUCUAAUAACGUUAAUCAAGUAUCUCGCCAAACGUAAUCAUAAAUAGAUUAUAUAUACACACACAAACAGACACACACACACACACAAAUAAACACACACACGUACACACAUAUUAUGUUUACAUGUACUUACUAUUUCCUUACUCUGUUUUUCUAAAACACUGCGUGCAUAUUUUCCAAUUUAAUCAUCUAUAGCAUAUUGUACAAUAAAUCUUAAGUAAAC